UGAAGAGUUCGCCUCCAGCCUCGUUUCAAUUGGUUGCGGGUUACAGUCGUCCCGCCCCGCGACCCUCCCUUUUCUGCUCUGUGGAAUAAUGGCCGCUACUAAGACCCAUGGGGCUGCCACUGGAGGCAAGGAGGACACCAAAGGCAGCCAGCGGGAAGCCGAAGGGGCCAAUUAUGAGGACGGUAAGGAUUGUAUCCUGGAGCCGCUUUCCCUGCCAGAAAAGCCAGGUGGCAUCACCACUUUAGAAGGUUCUCCAUCUGUGCCUUGUAUUUUCUGUGAAGAACAUUUUCCUGUAGCUGAACAGGACAAACUUCUGAAGCACAUGAUUAUUGAACAUAAAAUUGUCAUAGCUGAUGUCAAGUUAGUUGCUGAUUUUCAAAGGUACAUUUUAUAUUGGAGGAAAAGGUUCACUGAACAACCUAUUACAGACUUUUGUAGUGUGAUAAGAAUCAAUUCCACAGCUCCAGUUGAAGAACAAGAGAAUUAUUUUUUGUUAUGUGAUGUUUUACCUGAAGAUAGAGUACUUAGAGAAGAACUUCAGAAACAGAGACUGAAAGAAAUUCUGGAACAGCAGCAGCAAGAACGAAAUGAUAACAACUUCCAUGGCAUCUGCAUGUUUUGUAAUGGAGAAUUCCUUGGAAACAGAUCUAUUCUUUUGAACCACAUGGCCAGAGAACAUGCUUUCAAUAUUGGAUUGCCAGAUAAUAUUGUAAACUGCAGUGAAUUUCUAUGUAUGCUACAGAAAAAGCUUGAUAACCUGCAGUGUUUGUACUGUGAGAAGAUCUUCCGUGACAAAAAUACACUUAAAGAUCAUAUGAGGAAAAAACAGCAUCGAAGGAUCAAUCCCAAAAACAGAGAAUAUGACCGAUUUUAUGUCAUCAAUUAUUUGGAACUUGGAAAAUCGUGGGAAGAAGUUCAGUUGGAAGAUGAUCGGGAGUUACUUGACCAUCAAGAAGAUGACUGGUCUGAUUGGGAGGAACAUUCUGUCUCUGCUGUCUGCCUAUUUUGUGAAAAACAAGAAGAAACAAUUGAGAAGCUAUGCGUUCAUAUGGAGGUUGCACAUGAAUUUGAUCUUCUCAAAAUAAAAUCAGAGCUUGGAUUAAAUUUCUAUCAGCAAGUGAAACUAGUCAAUUUCAUCCGAAGGGAAAUUCAUCAAUGUAGAUGUUAUGGUUGCCAUCUGAAAUUCAAAUCCAAAACAGACUUAAGGAAUCACAUGGAAGAAGCUAAACAUACUUCACUGCUUCCUGAAAAAAAUAUAUGGGAUCAACCUCAGUAUUAUUUUCCAACCUAUGAAAAUGAUAGUCUAUUGUGUACACUAUUUGAUAGUGAAAAUGAUCUGACAGCACAAGAACAGAAUGGAAACAUUGCCAUCAUCAGUGAAGAUACGUCUAAGCUGCAUGCUUUGAAGCAAAGGAGUAUUUUAAACAAGUUGCUACUACAUGAGAGCUUGAAAUAAUAGGUGAAACUACCACAGAAACAAUAUUUCAUGUUUUCUCCAAUGAGAUAAACACACAAAAAAUGAUUUUAAUUUGAACAUCAACAAAGGACUAGUCUUCAGUGGAAUGAACAUUUUUAAAAUGAAUUUUGUUUUCAGAGAAAUUAAAUGAUGAUUUUUAAUGUUUUGACUAUAAAGGUUUAUCAUUAAAUCAUUGUAAAUUAUCUCAUCCCAUAACAUUCACAAUUACCUGUAAUAAGAAAGAAAUACAAAAUGUAAACCACAAGAAAAUGAAAUGUUCAGAUUAUCUCUAAAGCUAAUUUCAACCAGUAGUGUUACUCUCUUCCCCACAGGAUUUUUUAAUGUUUAUUUUAUUGCAUUUUAUUUUAUUCUAUUUAUUAUUAGAUAGAGACAGAGAAAUUGGGAGGGGAGGGGAAGACAGAGAGGGAGAGAGACACUUGCAGACUUGCAAAGCUUUCCCCCCAGAGGUGGGGGCCCAGGGGCUUGAAACGAUAUGCUUGCACACUAUAAUGUGUGCACUUAAUCAGGGGCGCCAACACCUGGCCCCUCACCGCAGGAUUUUUUUAUCUAGCAAAUAACAGAAUUUGACAAGUGUGCUCCCUGUACUAUCCUGGUAAUGAAGUGAAUGACAUAAGGAAGAGUCACAGAAGAAAGGAGAAGUAGUCAGAAGAUCUGGACAGUGCACAAGUUAGACACUAUUGUUGAAUGAUCAAGAUCUGAGCAUACUAUCCUUCCUACCUUCAGCUUAGAGCUACCAGACUCCCUAAAAAUGGACACCAAGCCAAAUAACUUAUUUUCCUCCGCAGUGAGAGAUGAGUGCCGUUUUUUAAAACUUAACCACAGUAACAUUAUAACAUCUAAAAAAAUGGUUACUUCCUAUUAUCAUUUACUUUAAUUUUCCCUGCUUUUCUUUAAAAAUGUCUUUUAUUUAAAAUAAUGUUAAAAAUAAAACUAAUGGAUAUAUAGAAAAAUUAAAGCAACUAAGAUCCUAAUAGCUAAGGCAUCUAGGUAAAGUGUAUGUGGGAAUUCUUUAUGCAUGACAACUCUUCUAAGUGUUUAAAAUUCUAAGACGGUUGGUAGUUGGUUUGUUUAAUCUAGGUGCUAAGUGAAUUCAUAAUUAUGUGUUAUAUUUGGUUGAUAUGGUCCUUAAAGGUUUUAAAAUCUAUAGCAAUUCGUGCUUGUUUUUUAUUUUCUUUUUUAAUAAAAAUGCCACUGACUUGUUAAAGAAACUGA